AAAAAAUAAUAGCAACUCUGAUGAAGAAAAUUCACAAGAAGAAAGCUCUAUUGCUAUCAUUUCUACAUCACAACCAGAAAGAGAAUUAGAGGAAUCAGACAUUUUAACCAACAAUACCUUGAAGAACAACCAAGACAUCAGACUCCACAACCACAAACCAAUGUAG